AUACAUAUUCUGGCCAUGUAAUGACUGUGAAAAUAUGUUGGAGCAGUCGAAUCUAUCCGUGAAGAAGCUUUGGGCGUUUCUAGGUCUAUGUACAUAUUGUUAAACAAAAAUUUUUCUCUCUAAAAACUAAUACGAAUUAGGUUUUCAAAAUGGGCAUUCUAGUUAAAAAUAAAUUUCUUGUUAAAAGAGGCAUGUUCAUAUUAGCAGGCGUGUUCAGUGCCCUCGGUAUAAUAUUUAGCAGUAUUGCGAUGGGAACUGAUUACUGGAUCGUCUCUGAAGGCAGCCAAAAUACAAGUGGAUCAGGAUCGACAGACUUAUCUUUUGAAAGUAAUAUAAAAAUUAAUUACGGACUUUUUAAUGGUCGAAAAACAACGAAAGGACAGCUGGAUCUUGCCCCAGUUCCCUAUAGUUUGACAGUUUUUUGUCCUGGUGGGGAGGGUGUUUGUCUAGUAAGCUGUGGAACAACAGAGGUUGAACAAAAACAGGAAUUUGAUUAUCUGAGGUUCGGUGAAACGGCAUACAGAUGCCAGAGAACUACAAAAGUGUUAAAGACAAGCAGAUCCCGUCUUGUGCAACUGGCAAGCGACAUUUCUGUUAAAGAAACCGCUCGCUCGGUACCUGUAAGAGGAAACGAUCAAUUCAUGGACUACGGGCUGUGGGUCACCACCCUGAUAUUCUUAUCGCUCAUGCUUUCCUUCCAAGUAAUUUCAGCCGGUUUAUGCUUCUUUAACACGGUAACCAUCCCCAUCGAGAUGUUGGUAGGACCAAUGGGCAUUUAUUUAGCCAACGGUGUUGUAGGUUUGACUGGGUUGAUCACUUUGUCUCUAUGGGGAGAUCUGUUUUCCUCGAAACUUUCGUCGGAAUUGGCUAUCCAGGAGACGAUAUUAGAUAUCUAUCUCAUGAGCUCAUCUAAUCUUGGUUAUUCGUAUUGGUUUGUACUUUGCUCUCUGAUAUUUGCUAUCGCUUCUUCCGUCUGCAUUCGGUUCCGUAACUCUCUAAGAAAGUUCAGCAACCAGAACGUCGUCGGUGUUGAAAGCUCAACUCCCGGCGGCAUGUUAUACUAAAUAGUUGUGCAGUUCUUAUUAACACAACUUUACACAACCACUUUUAAUUUUCUCGUCACUAAGCACAAUUUCUUAUCACCAUCACUAAUCACACUUUUCUGAAUAAAAUGAUUUUGUUGUCGAAAUUUAAUAACAAUAAACCGACAUGCAUUUCCAAAA